UGCUCGCUGCUCACACCUUCUUCACUAAUUUAACUAUACAUUCCCAAUCAUUAUUUCAGCAGUGAGCGAUGGCAUCAGGCUCGCCUUGGACUCCGAAGCAGAACAAACUGUUCGAAAAUGCUUUGGCUAUCUACGACAAGGAUACACCAGACCGCUGGCAAAAUUUAGCCAGAGCUGUCGGAGGCAAAACUGUUGAAGAUGUAAAGAGACACUAUGAGAUGCUUGUUGAUGAUAUCAGAGAGAUUGAAGCUGGCCAUGUUCCUUUGCCCAAUUACAGAAAAGCUGGACUUCCCAACAAAGCCCACUGUUGUUUCAUCGAAGAAGAACAAAGGUUGAGGGGUCUUAAGCUGCAGUGAAAUAUAGAUGGAGUCAAGCAACGAGCAUAUAUAUAUAUAAUCCAUGUGAUCAGUAAGGAUCUAAAAUGUUGCAAGUGAAAGAAGAGCAGUUCUAAGUAACAAGAAUGAAGAUAUAUGAUAUGCAAUUAGUGUAGACUUAUUUUCUCGUUAUGAAAUAUUAAAUCUUUUCUUAUAAUUAAGAUCAUGUAUCAAGGUGAUUCAAUCAUGAUAUUUAUGGCUCUUAAUUAAUUAUCUUAUUA